GCACCAGCCGCUGGCCCAAUGUAGUGAAUGGUACCAGACAGAAACUGGAGAGCUCGCAAGACUACAUCCGGUGCGGAGGUCACUGCCUGAUGUCAUCUCCGGUUGUGCAGCAGCCAUUUUGUCAAUCCGAGGAAACCUUUCCCGCUCCGUGCGUCCGAAACCGAGCCCCCCUUCACAACACCCGAAUAUAUUUAAAAAAUAAAUAAAAGCAACCACUGGGAAGAACUUGUUGGUCGGAGAAACAAACCUCCUGUUACUUUCCUUUCUCUGUUUGACUUUAACCUCUGUCGACCGCCCCAGCGAGGCCUCGGCUGGUAGCCACAGUGGGGGACGGUGGCUGAGUGACAUGUCGAGCGAGGAGAGUUACAAAGCCAUCAUCCGCUACCUGACCAACGAGAAGGAACCGUAUGCGCCGGGGACCGAGGGAAACGUCAAGAGGAAGAUCCGCAAGGCCGCCGCCUGCUACGUGGUGCGGCGGGGGACCCUGUACUACCAGAAGAAGCGCAAGGACCGCGACGAGUUCGACGAGCUGGAGGUGGUGCUGGAGGCCAAGAGCCGGCGGGAGCUGAUCGCCUCCUUCCACCAGAGCGCCAAGGGCUUCCACCUGACCCGGGAGCAGACCUGGAGGAACAUCUCUCAGAACUACUGGUGGAGAGGUAUAUUUAAGCAAGUGAAAGAUUACAUCAGAGAAUGCAUUCAAUGCAAAGAGAAGGUCGAUCGAAACAAGGCAGUAUCUGCCGAUACGAUGGAAAUCCUGGAGCAGUUGGGAAUAGAUACUCCAGUAAUGGAGGAUAGCAAUGAAACUGAUGAUGAUUUGAGUAAUUCUGAGGGAAGAUCAGGUGCUCCUCCAAGGCCUACCAGAAAAAAAAACAUCUCAAAGCAAGAAUUGGUAUUUGUGGAUAGCAAAGGACUUGUAAAACAGGAAUCUGAAAAGCACUGUCAAGUAGUGUUAGAGCAAUUGAACGUUCAAAGACUGUUCAACCAGUUCUGUGAUGUCACGCUGCUGAUUGAGGGAGAGGAGUACAAAGCACAUAAGUCCAUUCUUGCAGCAAGCAGUGAAUAUUUUCGAGAACUCUUCAUUGAAAAAGGGGCAGUCUCCAGUCAUGAAGCUGUUGUCGACCUUUCAGGAUUUAGUAAGACAAGUUUUUUGCCAUUAUUGGAAUUUGCCUACACAUCAGUCCUGGCAUUUGAUUUCUGCCACAUGGCUGAUGUUGCCACAUUGGCACGACAUUUGCUGAUGCAUGAAGUUCUGGAAAUAUGUGAGCAUGUACACAAACAACUGGAGGAAAGAAAAAUUACAGUCUACCAAAAAGGAGAUGUGAAAACUGUCAAUUCCAGAGACAACACACAAGGUGUGGAGAUUCCAAUUAAUGUUAAUGCCGUAGAACAUCAGGAGCUUGAAACUAAUGAAAACACUGAUGGCUCCAAAACAAUGGUACUUCAGGAGUCUGAACAAAUUCCUGUAUCUGCUGAAGGCCCUCCAUCGAAGAGGGAAGAUGAGACCCCAAAUGAAGCAGUAAUGCACGAUUCAGAAGAGGCACAGACAGCUGAAGAAUUAUCAAUUCAGCAAAGCCAAGAUAUUCUGGACUGCCCUGCAGAAUGUAGUUGUGAUGAAAACCAGGCUAAUGUUAAUGAACAACCUGAACCCAUGGAGUCUGGUGUAAGUUUGCCAGAUCAGGAAAAUGCAGAGACUAAAGGUGAGGGUGUGACAGAAAUUCCCACAGCUGAUAUGCAGAUGGACAUACCAACUGUUAAUGGAAAUGAGAAUGAAGAUCAAGUAAAAGAGGAGUCUGCAGAUGUGCUCGGUAAUAAUGUGCCAAAACGAAAGCGUGGUAGGCCACCAAAAUUACAUGACAAACAGAAAGCUACAAAGGUUGCUGUUGCUUCUUCUUCCAAAUGUCUCUUAGAUGAUACUUACAAAAGCAGAUUACGACAACGUACGCUAGCUGAAGGUGGAUACAUUCGGUUACACAAAGGUACAGAAAAAAAGCUGCGAGCCAGAAAAACUAACCUAAAAUCUGCGACACAGCAGGUUGCCCAGAAGUUGGUGAAGAGAGGAAGAAAAAUGCAACCAAAACGAACCCCAAUGGAAGGAGAUGAUGUAGAAAUGGAACAUAAAUGUAAUGAAUGUGGAAAGGCAUUCCCAAAACGUUAUACUUUGAUGAUGCACGUCAUGACCCACAAUAGAACCAAAGAAUUUAAAUGUCCGCUCUGUGAGAAGGAGUUCCUUUACAAAGCCUCUCUGCUGUCUCAUCUUCUACGACACAAACGGAACAAUGAGCAAAUAGAUGAGAGUCCUGGAGGAAGGACAAAACGACAGUUUAUCUGCGAUAUCUGUGGAAAAACAUUACCCAAACCCUAUAAUUUACGACUUCAUAUGCUUAAACACACAGGUGUGAAGCCACAUAUGUGCAAGAUAUGUGGAAAGACAUUUGGCUAUAAACAUAGCUUAAGACUACACAUGGCUCAUCAUGAAGGUAAAAGGGAAUUCAGUUGUGAAGUGUGUGAAAAAUCGUUUGCUACAAAGCGCAGUCUUCAGGAGCACAACAGCGUUCACACAGGUGAAUCUAAAUACCUCUGUUCAACUUGUGGAAAAUGUUUCAAGCGCGCCUCUGGUCUUAGCAAGCACUUAAAAAGACAUUUGCCAAAGCCAGAAGUCAGAAACUUUCAAUGCACCCAAUGUGAACGAAGUUUUUAUGAAGCACGGGAUCUGCAGCAACACUUGUAUAAGCACCUCGGGGUGAAGCCAUUUCAGUGCCAGAUCUGUGGGAAGUGCUAUAGCUGGAAGAAAGACUGGUAUUCUCAUGUAAAAGCACACUCUGUUACAGAGCCAUAUAAGUGUAACGUCUGUGGAAAAGAAUUCUUUGAGAAGGCACUUUUCAGGCGACAUGUAAAGAAGGCCACUCAUGGCAAAAAGGGCAGAGCCAAGCAGAUGCUUGAUCGUACCUGUGAGCACUGUGGGAAAAAGUUUUCCCAACUUCGAGAAUAUAGGAGACAUAUGAACAAUCAUCAGGGAGUGAAGCCAUUUGAAUGUUUGACUUGCGGUGUAGCCUGGGCAGAUGCCCGUUCUCUCAAGCGGCAUGUCAGAACACACACAGGAGAACGGCCUUAUGUCUGCCCAAUAUGUAAUGAUGCAUACAUCGAUGCACGUAGCUUGCGCAAGCAUAUGACUAAGUUUCAUAAAGAGCAAGUUCCUGGCAAAAUAAUGCUAGAGAAAGACACGCUUCAGUUCCACAAUCAGGGGACACAGGUAGAACAUGCGAUUAGAAUCUUAGCUGCUGACAUGAAAGACGAAUUGGAAAAAUCGGAUUUAAUUGGUGAAGAAAUUGAAACUGUCAUAGUCACUGGAGAAACAAUGGGAGCUGUGGAGGCGGUGGAGGCAGUGGAAGCUGUGGAGGCAGUGGAGGCAGUAGAAGCUGUGGAGGCGGUGGAAGCUGUGGAGGCGGUGGAAGCUGUGGAGGCGGUGGAAGCUGUUGCUUCUGUAGAACCUAUUGAAGCUGUUGGAGUUGAAAGCCAAGAUGAGGCAUUGCCCACAUUAACGGACCAUGGAAUUAUGCAGGUUGUCAACUAUGUACUGUUUCACCAGCAAGGCCAGAAGCUUACUGAAGUUGGGGAGACUGUGGAAGUUGAGGUUGCUCAUACUGGAGAAGCUGAAGAAAAUGCAUGAGGAAAUUGAAUGAUUUGGGACAUAUCCUAAUAAUUAUUGACAAUGUGCAGAUUACCCAACACCAAGUAAGAUUAGCGCUAAAGCGUGACAGGCAAAUAACAAGAUAAUGGUCUUGCAGAGGUUGGAAAUAAAUAUUCGACAGUCAUAAUAAGUAUAGGUUGGAAUCUUCAUUUAACAAAGGGGAAAUGUUUGAGAUGUUGAUCUUUAUAUGAGAAGAGAUGAGCUUGUAGCAUUCUGCAGCAAAGUGUAAACUUUCACCCAUUUUGGAAACAAUUUACAAUUUUCUUUCUUGCUUCCUUAUUUUGAGCAUAGGUCAGUUUGCAAAUAAAUUACUUCAGUGGAAAUAUUCUUCUAUCAGUACUUAUAUUGGAGAUGAGCAUUUGUAAAUUGCAACAUAUACACAUACAGAUUUUUCAAAAAGUAGAAACAGAUCUAUGGUUGGAAACAAUGGAUCUUUCAUUACCUGCUCUUAGGGGAAGAAUGGGCUGGGAGUGUGGAUGGAUUAAUUUACUACUGUGGGUAUAAAAAUGUGGACAAGAAAAUCUAUUGGAAGGAAUCAAUAAGACUUGGAAUAAGUGGCAAAAGGAAAUUUAAUAAGCACAAUGUUUCUUUGAGGGAGUAGAAAAUAAAGGCUGGAUUUCCAAAUUCAGAGGGAGCUUAACUUGUCUUGUUAGGGUUAUUGAAACUUUGGGUAAGUAUUUCUUCAGUUCAUGGUUUAAGAAUACUAAGGAUUCCAUUAUUGUCAUGGCCAUAAAAUCAAUUAAAACAGCAAUUUCAUGUGCUGUCAUCAUUUUUACAGAUUCCCAUUUGUGCUGAAGUGAUCUUGAGAAAGCUUAACUUGAGUAUGAUUGAAAACACCUAAAGAUUGUUUACAUUCUUUUGUGAUAUACUGCAGACUUGAGUUGAAGAAGAGUAAUGUAAACCUGGAAACACUAAUCCCAGGUUACAAGGGAAAGUGCAUUUCUGUCAAACAGGAGGUCUUCAGUGGGCAUAUGAACCUGAAAUGUAAUUAAUGUAAAUUAAUGUGCAUAUAAAAUAGGUUUAUACAUUUAUUGAUUUAUGCAUGUCUGUACCUUCAUAGUCAAGUCACGUGCCUCUGUUAAUCAUACUAUGUAUGUAAGUGUGACUUUAAAAAUAAGAGUAUUUUCAAAUUACGCCUAUUAGACCACUGAAAGAGUGAUUGCUGUUUCUGAAAAACACACCCAGAGUCAUUCCAAAAGUUUAUUAGGGAAAAACAAUUUAAAUGUGCAAUCAAGAGCUUUUUUUUGUUUUGGUUUGUAAGAUAUCUGUCUUGUCUGGCUGUAAGCUUUCAUGCAGAAUUAUUAAAUUACAAAAAAACUAUGCAGUCUUGUUAAACUGAACAUUGCGUCAGAAAAUACUUUUGUAUAAUGCAGUAAAACUGGAAUUGUUGCUUAACUGUCAGUAAAAUCUUUGGUUGCCAUGACUGCUGAAUAAAAGGAUUUGCAUAAUGUUUUAAAA